AAAAACAUACAACAAUCUUCAUUUAUUUAUUCUUUCACAUAUAUUCGAUCAUCAAAUAUGGGAGUAUUAGGGAAGAUGGAAGUUGAACUUGAUAUCAAGUCAUCAGGAGAUGUGUUUCAUGAAUUGUUUGGUAACAAACCUCAUCAUAUCUCCAACAUCACUCCUCAUAAAAUCCAUAGCUGCGACGUGCAUGAGGGAGAAUUUGGCAAGCCUAACUCUGUCAUUUUCUGGAAUUAUUCCGUUGAUGGGGAAAAAUGUGAGGCCAAAGUGGUAGUUGAAGCUAUAGAUGAGAAGAGCAAGUUAGUGAGAUUCAAAGUAAUAGAAGGUUCAAUUUUAAAAGAGUACAAAAGUUUCGUAGUAACCCUCGAGGUGGUGGACAGGGGUGCAAUCACUGCUGUUAAGUGGGCUGUUGAGUUUGAGAAGUUUGAAGACUUUGGGCCUUACCCAGUUAAACUCAUGGACUUCAUUAUUGGAAUGACAAGAGAUAUUGAGGCCCAUCACUUGAACGAAUGAUGAUGCAUGAAUUUAUUCCAACAAAUGUGUAUUUCUGUUAUUUGAUAUUGGUGUGUUGCUAUUGUGUGCAUGUUAUGAUAUACUUCUUAUGCCAAAAAAAAAAAAAAAAAAAAAGAUAUACUUCGUAUUUGCUUAUCAAGUGUCAAACAAAGAAGUGAGUUUAUAUGUUUCAUUUGGAGUGUGUAAGAUAUUGCAUCAUAACAUUAAUAAGAGUUGAAUUGUGAUUAAUUGAUGAA